CCCAAAACCAAAUUGCCCGGAAUCCCCCCUAAUAUUCCGUUAUCAGCAGCAGCUGGCAAACACAAGUUUCAAGUCCAACGUAGAACCACAAAAGAAAUGGCAAGUUAGUGUUUUGUACGACUUGGAGGAAGCAAAAAGUCCACGCAUGGCUAACAUGUCCCAACGCCAGUCACUGCUGUCCAUUUUCGUGCUACUGAAGCUCUUGGCUGCCGCUGUAGUCGUUGAAUCUCAAAUCUGUUUUCAAAAUGUCACCCGAGAGAUUCCUGUCAAACGAAACAAUGCCUUUGUUAGGGCCAAUAUAACGACAACAAUAAAAGUUUGCUGUGAUGGCUAUCAGCUGGAUCCGAUGGAUAGAACCCGUUGUGUGUCGAUCUGUGCGCCGGAAUUUGCCUAUUCCGAUGGCCAAUGUGUACCGAAAUGUGAUAAUUGUGAAAAUGGUGAAUGCCUCUCGCCGAAUAAUUGUAAAUGUAAUGAUGGCUAUAACUGGUCGCCAGAGCAUGGAUGUUCUCCCAGCUGCCCGGAAGGCUGUAGCAAUGGUGUAUGCAUUGCGCCCAGUGUCUGUAGGUGUUCGCAGGGAUUUUAUUUCACGUCCACGGAGGGAUGUGUUCCAAUAGGAAAUAAUAUGAGAAGUGUUGACGAUGCCGGUGCUGACGAUGAUGGUCCCGAGGUGGAGGGGUAUUUUAAGUAUUUGGGCAAAAAAAUUCAUUUUACUGGUGUCCUUGAUAAUGCGCCCUAAAGGGGUUUGAAGUAAAACAAAUAAAAAGAGGUUAAAAAAUCAACAGAAAUAAAAUA